AUCAAAACCGGCCGUGACAAUAUUGGUUUUGUUUUGCUUUGCCCGCCGACGAACAGAUGCGCUUCCUCGGAACGACAGCGGAAAUUCAUCGUUUAUGAUCAUCGUCACACCUACUCGUCUUUUGAAUGAUGGUAUCUCCGACGUUCCCUGAAGGCACCGCCGCUACUAAGUCGCGCGCACGGCGUAACUUACGUGCUCGUGCCCGAGGAGGAAGGAGUGGAGGUAUCUGAAAGUUUCCCCAAAGUCCGCCCUGUUCGCAUACCUGACUCGAGGAGGAGUUUUCCGGUCCAAAAACCUCGACGCGGGGAGGGUUUGGCGGUAAGUAGCGACCGCGACCGCCCUCGGACGACUUUUUCCGCCUCUCGCCGCGGCCGUCGGCGUUGUUUGUUUGGUUGGCGGUGUCAGGGGGAAAGUGGAACUAGCUUUAGCCCAUUAGCUCCUGGUCGCCACCGCGGGGGCCACUUCGCUCGGAUCCUGCCGGUCGUCGACCGUCGCCUUUUGGCACAAUGCCGCAAAAUAUCGAGCUCGGCGCCACGGGAGCGUCCAAAUUGGACAGCAGCAACAUGGACAACAUGACAGUGGAGCAGAUCGCCGCCAGGGCCAACCAAGUGACCGAUGAGUCACUCGAAAGCACGCGCAGGAUGCUGCAACUGGCGGAGGAGAGUAAAGAGACCGGUGUCAAAACCAUCGUGAUGUUGGACCAGCAAGGAGCUGAAUCGCGUGGAGGACGGCAUGGACCAGAUCAACCAGGACAUGAGGCUGGCCGAGAAGAACCUGACGGACCUCUCCAAGUGCUGCGGCCUUUGCAUCUGUCCCUGCAACAGGGUGUCGUCCAUCGAGAACGACUCGCGCUACAAGCGCACGUGGGGCGUCGGGGGAGGACUCGACGCCGAGAGCAACGCCGACGGUUCCAAAGUCGUCUCCAAGCAGCCGGCGGGCGUUCGCAACGGGCAGGCCGGCCAGGUCAACGCCCCGCCGCCGUCUGGCCCCUACGUCAAAAGGAACUUCCCCGUCGCAGGAUAACAAACGACGCCCGCGAGGACGAGAUGGAGGACAACCUGAACGCCGUCGGCGGCAUCAUCGGCAACCUUAAAUCGAUGGCGGUGGACAUGGGCGCCGAGAUCGACAAGCAGAACAAGCAGAUCGACCGCAUCACCGACAAGGCGGACAUGAACAAAUUGCGCAUCGACGAAGCCAACCAGAGAGCCACCAAGCUCCUCAACUAAGAAGCGGCUUUCUUCAUCCACCCCCAAGUCUUGCUGUGUAGAUAAGAAGAGGAAUAGAAAACGACCCUUGUGAGGAUAAGCGGCUUGGAAAAUGGAAAUGGAAUUAAGGAAAACAAAGGACUGGUGCGAGGUUUGGACGUCGUCUCCCAAAAGCAGCUUUCGCCGUAAACACACACACACACACGCAUUGUCCAUCCGUGCACACGUCAGCACAGCCACGCAAGAACACAAAAUCAUCUCUAUGCAGAGCGUUGAAUGACGGGACCAGUCGCCGGACCGGUCGUCUUUUUUUUUUUUUUUUUUUUUUUUUUUUUUUUUUUUUUUUUUUGGUCCAACCGAACGCUUCUUGAUACACAUUUAGGGAAUUUUUUUUUUUUUUUUUUUUGUGCGUGUGUGUGUAGAUUUUGUUCUGAACCGCGCUUCCACUCGUGUUCUGGUUUUUAACCCUAAAGACGUCCUUUCGACAUCUCGGCCAGCGUGUAACGUGUAUAAUUUCAAAUGAAUGCAUUUAUUUAAUUCGCCCAAGCAGAGCUGUGAACGAUAUCACCCCCCCCCCCGCCCCGUAUUACAUUUCUAAAUAUAUUGUAUUAAAAGUGUUCUUGAGUAGGAAAGUAAUUACCCGCCCCUCCCUGCCAGCUUACAAGCAUGUAAUUACAUGUAUUUGUAAUGUAAAUAUCCGUAUUAGCAAUUAAUAUUCAGGUCACGUGAUCAGCGCGUAUCCCCUGCCCCCCUCUCGUUAUGGAAAUGUUGGCUCAGCUCCUGACCCAGGGAGAAAUUUUUAUGUUGAAUGGUUUGUACUGUUAAUAAAGCGAUUCCAGGUAGGCGUCGAUUAGUCAAUUCUUUUUAAUUUUCAUCCACAAUCAUAAGAAGUUUGCAAACAUCUCCGAAGAAAUGUUCCAAACGUUUUAAAUCCAGGAAUAAGAAAAAAAGUCACGAUUAGCUAUUUCCCGUCAUCACACAAUGAAUACAAAAAUCACAUUUGAUGAGUUUGAUCUGUGUUUUGCAAACAAAAGGAAAUUUUCGUUUUUUUCUUUUCAAAAACAAAUGAACAAAAAAUCUUCAGCAACCACAGCUUGUAACGCAAAACAUUAACGAUAAACAUGAGUCGAUUUUCUGUGCGCUUACAUUUACACAAAUGUCUUUUUUUUCGAGAAUUGGAAAACAAAGUGCAGCACCCGAGAUUACAUAUUCAAUGUCUGAUUAAUAUGAUGCAACUUUGGCAAAAAUGCUGCCGCUUGUGAAAAUCCGGAGAAUCAACUAUAUUAUGUUUAUUUUUGUUGUGCAAGAAAAAAAAAACCCUAAGGAAUUUUAGGGAAU